AAAGUGAGAAGCAAGUUGGGGGUUUUGUCAUAGUGCCGAACUCCCUUUUAACUUUCUCUUCUCUGUCUCCCUCUCUCUCUCUCUCUCUUUCUCUCUCACAAUCAAUCGGAGCUCUUGAUCUUAAUCCUUUGGUUUUUAUUUUUCCUAUGACUAUUAUUCUAAGUUCAUUGAAUCCCCAAACAACUCUGCCUGUCUCUUUUAAUCUUUUGGCUUAAUAUAGAAGAAGAAGAAAAAAAAAAAAGUAGCAGCAGGACACGGAAAAUGGUCAUGGAUGCUUCUGUCUCUCCAAAAUUGGACUCAAAGGCUUCAGAAGAAUCAGAACUCAGACCAUCUGAAUCUCAGGCAUCCAAAAGAAGGAAGGUGGUUGAGAAGACGGUUGUCACGGUGAGGAUAGGCGAGAACAGUGGAAAGCUAAAGAAUGAAGGGCCGCCUUCUGAUUUAUGGUCCUGGAGGAAAUAUGGGCAAAAACCUAUCAAAGGAUCUCCUUAUCCUAGGGGCUAUUACAGGUGCAGUACAUCAAAGGGUUGUUCUGCCAAAAAGCAAGUAGAAAGAUGCAGAACAGAUGCUUCAAUGCUCAUCAUCACUUACACCUCUAGUCAUAACCACCCAGGCCCUGAUCUCCACACCACCAACCUAAUGCAGUCGCCAAAAGAACCCCAAACCGACCACGGUGAUGAUCAGCCCCCGACUCCUAAACAACAACAGCUGCCAGAAGAUCCACAACAAGAAGAGCCUGAAGAAGUACAAAAUGAACCCAUCAAAACGAGCAGUGAUGAAGAUGCAAUCGAAGAGCAUUUUCACUAUCUACAAUCCCCAUUAAGCUCUCCCCGAAAUAUUAUAAUUAACCAAGAAGAUCUUUUCACCGGGAAUCUAGUGAAAACCCACGACAACCUGGGGUUUCUGUUGGAUGAAGAGCCGCUGUCUUGCCCUCAUAUAACAACAUCUUCAACACCAAAAUCAGAAGAAAAUGAUUUCUUUGAUGAACUUGAAGAACUGCCCAUAUCUUCAGCUUUCACAAGUUUAAUGAGAAGCAAGUUUUCCGAUGAAGGAAUUCCUGUUGUCCCUUCUUGAUCUGAGUGUUUCUCAGACUUGGAAAAAUGUAAUUAGGAUGUUUAUAAUGAAGUGAUUAUGCCCCCACUACGAGUGGCUCUAGUUCAGCAUCAUCCUAGUUUUUUUUACCUUUCUUGCUUUUUCUUGUCUGAGGGUUCACAAAAUGAGAAAGUUGGGCACUUUGGCAUGAAAUGUUUGUGGAUUGCUGUCAUUUUUUUUUAUCUGGGAGAUUGGGAUGAAAAUGCUUUUUGGCAGAACGGGGAAAACCUAUCAAGUCCAACGGAUACAGACACAACCACACACGCACGCCCCAAAGAGAGAGAAGAUAGACGGUGGCUACUUUUGUUGGGUGCUAGCUCUUUUGUACAUUAAGUAUUAAUUAAUGAAGCCACGAGGUUCACGCGA